GGCAACAGCUGUUUGUGGCGCGAGGCGGCGCGGAGGGCGGUAUUUAAAAGGGGGCCAUUUUUGGGGACAUUCCUGCGCUGUGGACUUGGAAGCGGCGGGGAGAGCCGGGGGGUUGUGGCAGCUGCUUGGUGGUCGCUCCGCGCGUCCGUUUGCUUCCUCGAGUGCGGUUCGGGCUCCCUUUCCGUGAGGGAAGAGCCUUUCGUCGUCGUUUCAAACAACCCUCCUUUUCCUCACCUCACAAACCGGGGCGGAGGGGGGCGGGCGGGUACGCGGCGUUGUUAAGUGUUGGGAAAAUCCAUGGGAAUUGUCACUAUGUGUAAUCCGGUUGUUGCUAAUAAACGUGAGGCGUUUUGCCGCCUCCUGGUUUCUGAGCCUUUUCCCCCAGAUGUUUGCUUAGUGACCUGCCUUCAAUCCUAACGAAAGCCGGGAAUAUGUAUUUCACAUAAAAAAAAUAGUGGUGGAGACGUAAAUACACCCAUACACCCUUUGGAAAGGACUAAAACAACAGAUCAUCCACCUGUCCCCUGAGUAAAUGUUAGCAGUUUUUUACUUGGCUGUAUAUGGGAGAAGAUAUCUUUGGAACUGGCAUUGAAAGUGCAAGUGCCAACUUCUGACAGAACUGGGAAAGUAUGACAUUUUCCUUGAUGCAAGUACCACUUUUUUAAAAAAGUGUGUGAGAUCAUGUUCUCCAGGCUCAGCUUGAUUAUGAUGUUGGUAAACAUCAUGAAGUGCCAGUUCACUAUUAUUGCACUAGGUCAUUGCUUAUAACCCUGUUCAGGUUCCAGUGUUCAAAUGCAUUAGGCAAGAAACCAAGAAAUAAAAUGAUUUAAAUGGUAACAGCUGUCUUUUAAAAACACAUUGAAGAAAAAUUUGCUUCAGAGCCCCUCUUGGGCAGACCUUCAAUUCAUUUUUGAAAAACCAGGAGGAAGCAGUAUAUGUAACACUACAGUGCUGGGAUUUAAGAAAAGCACCACAUUUUAAAGGAUAAAUGCUGAUUUGCAGGCACUCAAAUUCAGGGGCUAGGAGAAAUUUCCUCACCAACCUGAUGAUCUGUAACUGACUGUGUUGCCCUUGUCUACAAUUCUUACUAGUUCUGUGGUAUAAGUGGAAGUAUGCAUGUUUUGUUCUAAACCAACAUACAUACAAGAGUUCUGUAUAUAAAUAAAUGUAUAUUCUGUGUCAAAAAAGGGCUGAUCUCUUUACAUGUAUAAAUCAAACAAAUGUAACAGAUUUGCUAAUUUUGCGUAAUUUUCUUGGUCACUUUUGGGGGGGGAGUGUGGUAGACACAUUAAGAAAUCCAUUUGAAAUGCACUCUGGCAGUCUUGUUCAGCUGUUCCAUCAAUGUCAGCAAGAAUUGUCUAUACUGUAUACUUUCAAGCCUAUAUUUGCAAACCUAACAGAAAUGUCCUAUUUUUGAGGGAAACUAAGAUUCUCAGGAUAUUUAAUUCUGGACUUGUGAAUCAAAUUACAAAAAUAUUUACAGAGUUUAAUAAGUAAACAUUGACAUUUGGUCACAUAAAUAAAGAGAAUAAAGUCAUUCUCAAGGACACUAGAUUCUGAAAGAUUGGUAUGCAAAACUAGCUCAGAUUUGCAUAUAAAUUGAGCCAAGUGAAAUACUUGCAAAAGAUGUUCCUGUACAGUACUGGGAAAUGAGACUGGUGUUGCUGUUGCCAGUAUGCACAUAACCUUAGUACCAGUUAGGCUGGUAUACAAACUGUGACCUUAUCUAGAGAGGUCAGAACUUGACUCACUAUCCAUGUUCUUGUACCACCCAGUACAGAUUAUGUUUAUGGACUUUACACGAGGCAGCAUUUGAAGAUGGUUCAAAAACUUCAGCAGUGCAAAAUAUGGCUACCCUGUUACUAGUUGCGGCUAGGGAGGUCAGAUCAGAUUGCACCAAAUCUGUACCAAUUACCUUGGUUGCCAGCUUGUUAUCUUGUAAAAAAUGCUAUUAAAAAGUGGGCUGGACGUGGUAACUGUUGGGUGAAUUUGUAGCUGCUCACUAGCGAUUCCUCUUCAUGAAAAAAAAGGGACAAGGAAGGGGCCGCAGGGUUCUCUCUAGGUCCAUUAUUCAAUAUCUUUAUAAAUGACUUGGAUGAAGGUGUUGAGGGGGUGCUCAUCAAAUUUGCAGAUGACAUCAAACUGGGAGGGGUAGGCAAUACAGCUGAAUAUAAAAUCUGGAUUCAUGAUUACCGUACUUUAACAGAUUCAUGAACUGGGCCCAAACUAAAAGAAUGAAUUUCAUUAGGGACAAAUGUAAGGUUCUACACUUAGGUAGAUCUCAGAUCAGAUGUGGCAACAUGCUGAAUUUAAGCAUAUAAUAAAAAAUAAACUAAACAGGAUUCCCUCCAUAACGGUGAGUGGACACAUAGGUAGGAAGAACCAGCUGUACAAAUUUAAGAUGGAGGCCACCAGGAUUACUAUAUGUGAAAAGGCUCUAGGGGUCCCAGUAGACCACAAACUUAACAUGAGUCAACGGUGUGAUGUAGUAGCAAAGAAAGCUAAUGCUGUUCUAGGCUGCAUCAACAGAAGUAUAGUGUCCAGAUCAAGGGAAGUAAUAGUCCUAACCAUGCCUGGAAUAGUGUGUCAAGUUCUGGGCAGCACAAUUUAAGAAAUAUAUUUACAAGAUGGAAUGUGUGCAGAGGAGGGUAACCAACAUGAUAAAGGGUCUGGAAACCAAGCCUUAUGAGGAACAGUUGAGGGAAUUGGAUAUGUUUAGUCAGGUAAAGAGAAGAUUUGAGAGGAAUCACAGAAUUGUAGUGUUGGAGAUAUGAUAGCCAUCUUCAACAACAACAACAAUAGUUUUGUACCCCACCCAUUCGACUGGGUUGCCCCAGCUACUCUGGGUGGCUUCCAACAUAAUAUAUAGAAAGGGCUAUCACAUGGAAGAUGGAGCAAGCUUGUUUUCUCCUGUUCUGCAGGCUAGGACCUGAACCAAUGCAUUCAUGUUAUAAGAAAGGAUAUUCCAACCAAACAUCAGUUAUAACUUUCUGAUAGUAAGAGCUAUUGGACAGUGGAAUAGACUCUCACAAGAGGUGGUGGACUCUUCUUCCUUGGAGGUUUUUAAGCAGAGGUUGGAUGGCCAUCUUUUCAUGUGUGAUCUAGUUGAGAUUCCUGCAUUGUACUAGAUGAUUGUACUAGACCUUUAAGUUCUGAUGAAUUUCAGACUUGCAAGAUUAGAUCUUGGAAAGAAGUAAUUUUAAUUUGGAUUGCUACUGCUUUGUUCAGCAAGUAUAUGUGGAUGGCCAAGCUGAUUGGCCAAGCUGAUGCCAAUUAUGAUAUCUGAAAUGAUUCAGCAAUAAUGUGUGCACAGCUUGGUUCCCAUAUCUAAAUUUCUACACUCUGCUAUUAUUGAUCUCUUCAUUCAAGAUUUGUGGUCAGAUUGCAGGUGCCCAAGCCACUGUGUCACUCACAGGAGAGAUGCUUGGCUCAGGUAUGCUGCAGGCCCCAUGGUAAGUGCUGCCCCCGCAGUGUGGCGCCCAGUGCUCCCCUAGCUACACCUCUGCAUAGUGAAAAGAGAGUACAUAUACAUCCAACAUCACCAAAAAGCUCGCAUUUGGGGAGCGGUUCUAAUAAUUUGUGUUACUGUAAGGCUGUCAUCGUGCCCAUUUGGAGAAUUAGUAGUACUGCAUUACAAUCCUGGAUUUGCAUGCAGAAUGAGGUGGGGAGCAAAAGAAGGCAGUUUGCAAAAUAGCAGUGACCAUGGCAGAAGGGGGUGAAGGUGAAAAUGGAGGUGUAAAAGGUUGUAAAAACAAGGGAGUGAGAGGUAUGGUAAAGCUGUUGAAGAUUAAAGCAGGGACAUGAAAGGGUCUGAAGAAUAGAAGGGGGUGGUAGCUUCAUAAUGGGAUGGAAGGUAAAAGUGGGAAGAGGAAGAUGCAGGAGGUUACCAUGGUGGCGGUUUGUGUGCAAGAGGGUGCACAAAGGCAGUGGGGAGAUGAAGGUGAAAAUGGAUGCAAAAGGGAACCUCAAAAUGAAGGGGAAAGUGGCUUCAGAAAUGGGUUUGGGAAGGUGGAAAGUGAUCAUACCGUAGUAAUUGCAUGGGAUAGGAAGGGGAUGCUCUAAGGGGUUGGCAAGUGGAGUCAGCAGGGGUGCAACCCCUAGUGAAAUAUAAAGUGGCAAAACGCUUAACAGUUUUUCUAAAGUGCAUUUUGCAGGUCAUAUAUCCUAGAGCAACCCCACUGAAAAGUCAAACCUAUUAUAAGUCUCCUAGAAUAAUGUUAAGGGGCAAAAUACUUAGUAGUAAGGAGUUGUUCAAGUUCCUAAUUUAGUGUUUGAAUGCCAUAGUAUUGUGUUGUUUUGUGCAAUCAGCUUUUUACUGUGGAAAUCAUUUUGGUGUGAACAUGUCUGUUUGCUAUCAAGGUAAGGGACUGUCAUCAGAAAAAAACUCCAAGUGAACAGAAAAUUAGGAAAAAAUAUAGUUAUGGAACCAGUUUAAUGUAUCAGUUGAGACUUCAUUUGCUUUUAGUAAAUUGUGAUUGAAGUACCAUAACUCUUAUAGAGUAAAUAUGAAAUCAGUUACCCAUUCCUUGCUGGCAAAUUAUUUAAAAAAAACAGCUCAAUCACUGAGGAAAUUCCUCACCCUGGAACCAGCCCAGGGGUUUUCAUCUUUUAUGGUCAGUGCUUUUUUUCUAAAAAAAUGUUUAGGAGUACUCUCAUUUUCCUACUCAUUGAAAUACUGCCUCUCAAUGAGGCCAAACUUAGAUUCACAAAAUGAUUAGGGGUAUGUGUAUCCCCUUGUACCCCCAUUAAAAACACUGGUUAUGGUAGCCAGUAACAUUUUGAAACUACCAUUUGAAACUGUACACUAAGGAUGGCAAGAUUUCUUCCAAAGUUGUCCCCAGGGUAGACUGCCGAAAAUAGAAGAGCUACUAACAAAAUAGAUUGCAAUUCCUUUGGGAAUCUCUUCUCUCAUGAUCUUACGUAUUUCCAUUACAUUCUUUAAUCCAGAAUAAGGUAGUAAAUGAAAGGCUACUUCCUGAGAAUUUAGGCGUGUAUAUAUAUAUUUAAACAGAGCCCUAUCUGCCCCAAAAUUGAUUUGUUGGAAGUACAUUUCCACAACAAAACUCAAAGAACUGGGGCAUUUGGUUCACAUAUAUUUCUGGUGAAUGAGCUAACAGCAUGAAUAAGAUACAUGGGUAGACACAGUAGUUCUGAUAGCUACUUUCUAUCUCUAAAGUUUGAGAACUUUCAGGACCAUGCUUAAUCAACAGGUUGAGAAACAAGCUCAUGAGAGCCACAGAUUAUGUUUUACACAUUGAUAGAUACAAUGAAAGCAGCCUGAUACAAUGAAACUUCCUGGUGUUUGUAAAGCUUGAGAGCCCCUGUUACAAGAACUGUUUGUUGUUGACAACCUGUAUUUUAUGUAGAUUGUUUCCAUAUGAGACUCUUUGUAGCUCCUAAUUUGACAACUUUCUGCUUGUUGCCCACUCCUAUCUGCAUUGAAUGUGUGUGUGUGCAGGGUUGGGAGUGAGUUUUCAAAGGAAUGAUAAGUUUUUGCUUGCUUUCUAUGCUAUUUUGCUUGCCUAGGGAAGAAAAAUGGAGGCUUCUCUGCUUGUUGCUGAAAAUGCAUAUGAAAAUAAGCAAAGGAAGAUAAACCUGACCAUCAGAAAUUCUUCAGGUAUGAUGAUUUGACUUUAUAAGAACCCUAAGUAACCAUGAUGGCAACGCAGACAUUAAGUAUAGACAACUAUCAAGAUGGGCAACAAAUGCAAGUAGUAACAGAAUUAAAAACUGAGCAGGAUCCAAACUGCUUGGAAGCAGAUGCAGGAGGACUGAGUCCUUCCCCGGUAGAGUCCCAGACUCCGAUGGAUGCAGAUAAGCAGGCUAUUUACAGACAUCCGCUGUUCCCCUUAUUAGCACUAUUAUUUGAAAAAUGUGAACAAUCCACACAAGGAUCAGAAGGCACAACGUCUGCAAGUUUUGAUGUAGAUAUUGAAAACUUUGUUAGGAAGCAGGAGAAGGAAGGAAAACCAUUUUUUUGUGAAGAUCCAGAAACAGAUAAUCUAAUGGUAAAGGCAAUUCAGGUUCUACGAAUUCAUCUGCUUGAGCUAGAAAAAGUUAAUGAGCUCUGUAAGGAUUUCUGUAGUCGCUAUAUUGCCUGUCUGAAAACGAAAAUGAACAGUGAAACUCUGCUAAGUGGAGAAUCUGGGAGUCCUUAUUCACCUCUACAACCCCAGUCCAGCAACUUUAAACAUGAUAGAGAUAGCUUGGAUUUGCUGGAGCAGCUGUCUUCAUGGAAAGAGUCACCAGAAAAUCCAAUUCAAAGUGCCAUCACAGGUACACUCAGUCCCCAGGGGAUUAUGGUACCUGCAUCAGCCUUGCAGCAGGGGAAUGUAACUAUGGCAACCGUUGCAGGUGGUACGGUGUAUCAGCCAGUGACUGUGGUCACGCCUCAAGGUCAAGUAGUGACACAAGCUUUGUCACCUGGAACCAUCAGGAUCCAGAAUUCACAGCUCCAGUUACAAUUAAACCAAGAUUUAAGCAUCUUGCAUCAAGAUGACGGGUCAUCAAAAAAUAAAAGAGGAGUUCUUCCAAAGCAUGCUACAAAUGUGAUGAGGUCUUGGCUUUUUCAGCACAUAGGGCAUCCAUAUCCAACAGAGGAUGAGAAAAAACAGAUAGCAGCACAAACCAAUCUGACAUUACUUCAGGUUAACAACUGGUUUAUCAAUGCUAGAAGACGAAUUCUUCAGCCAAUGUUGGACUCCAGCUGUUCUGAAACUCCAAAAACAAAGAAGAAAACAGCUCAAAACCGACCAGUUCAAAGGUUCUGGCCAGACUCCAUUGCAUCAGGAGUAGCUCAGCAUCAAUCAAAUGAACUUACAAUGUCAGAUGGAGCCGUUGUAACAAUUACAGCCCCAGUCAACAUGAAUGUAGACAGUCUGCAAUCUCUUUCGUCUGAUGGUACUACUUUGGCUGUUCAACAAGUCAUGAUGGCAGGGCAAAGUGAGGAUGAAUCUGUGGACAGCACUGAAGAUGACGGAGCAGACCUCUCAACCACAAACAUCAGUGGGCUGGUCUUGGAUAACAGUGAUUCUCUGCAAUAGGAAGCAAGAGAAUCUGGCCUAAAUAUAUAGGAAAAACAAUAGACUGACUGACUUUUUAUAGUUUGCACAGCAAACAUUUUACACAAGUUUUAUUUCUAAUAUGUUUUAUAUGUAGAUAUAGAAGAGUGCACUUUUUGUAUUUCAUAGUCUGCUUAAAGAGUGUCUUUACAGGUGCAGCAACUUCUUUCAAAUGUGUUGUUUUUGGUUUUGCUUUUGAAAUUCUAGUAAUUUAAGAGAGAGAGAGAGAGAAAACAUAAUCACCCCAUUAUUUUCUCAGGGUAAUUUUUUCACUCACAAAAUUGAUCCCAGAUUCCCCUAAUUAGGGAAUGGGGGGUCAUGGAACUGCAGUCCUGGGGAAAAGAUGAUGGAUGCCUCGCGGGUGAGUUAAUUUUACAUUAGCAUGGGUUUAAAUAUAUACCCAUCACACAAUCAUCAUCUUACUCAAUGGUUGCUAUUGUCUAUCAUCAUCUCUGCUGCAGUUUUGUGACAUAUGAAAUUGCCCUGGUGGGAGAAUUUGAAAGUACUUCAGUCUCCUGGAGAGUUAUGCAAUUAGUCCUGUCAUUUUACGAUUACUCUAGGUGGUUUAACAAUGUAAAUGUAAAGCAUGUCAGACUAGUGUUUGGGAUUUGUUUAUGAAGUUAGCCAUGUAGAUUUGAAAGAUGCUUCUGCACCUUAAAAAAAAAAACUGCCAGUAUGAAAUGGGCAACAAAACACAUAAAAGAAAGUGGAA